UUUCCACAAUUUUUCGUUGAUACAGAGGUGCCGCGCGCCAAUAGCAUCGUUAGAUUGUAUGGAGGAAUUCAGUGGUACGACAGCACAGCUAGAUUUCGGUCGUUCAACCAGUUUGGGUUCGAAUCCAGCAAUCCCAGUUCGGAACAAUGCUACAACUACACCUGGCUUGCGGUACAAAAAUUUGGGCAAAAGUGGCCUCCGGGUAUCGAAUGUCGGUCUCGGAACGUGGCCGAUAUUUUCUCCUGGUGUAUCGGAGAAUCAAGCAGAAGCAAUUUUACGAUUAGCUGUGGAUAGUGGCAUCAACCUUUUUGAUCUGUCGGAAGCACAUUCUGGUACCCGGGCUGAAAUCGAAUUGGGGAAAAUAAUUCAAAAAGCAGGCUGGAAACGGACAAGUUAUAUUAUAACGACUAAAAUAUAUUGGAGCACGAAAUCCGAAGAACGUGGGUUGUCCAGGAAGCAUAUAAUAGAGAGUGUCCAGGCCAGUUUACAACGACUGCAGUUAUCAUACAUAGAUAUAAUACUCGUACAUAAGGCUGAUUCAAUGUGCCCAAUGGAAGAAAUAGUUCGGGCAAUGGACUAUGUUAUUACGCAAGGAAGGUCUAUGUAUUGGGGAACUGCACGGUGGUCGCCAGUUGAGAUAAUGGAAGCAUAUACUAACUGUAGGCAAUUCAAUUGUGUGACUCCCAUAGUCGAGCAAGCUGAGUAUCAUAUGUUCCAGGUUGGGGAUGCAAAGGAUAAUAAAGAUGCACGCCAAUUAGAUUGCAAUAAGUCAAUUGAUGCAAUGAUAACAAACACUAACGAGCGAGAAGAAAAUUCAAAACACAACAAAGUUAAAAUUCGUCGUAAUUCAAGUUUGAUAAGUUUCAAAUCAUUGGAUAUUAGCCUGAAGUCGAUUUAUUCGUCCCUCAAAGGACAGAAAAACAAUGCUGACAAAAAUCGAAACGAAUCGACUUCAUCGCAGAAAGCCACCUGUAUACUUCGUGCGCCAUAUCUGAAAGUGGAAACUGUUGAAAACGAUGAAUCUCAGAAGCUGCUUCUAACCUAUGCUCAAUCGCCUGGCGGCUCGCAACAUCGAAGAAGUUUCGAUACUACUAGAGAGCCUAACUAUCAGGAGUUGACACAAUCACCACAUGGCAGCUCAGUAUAUUUGUCUGUAAGCACCGGGAACAUCCGUCGUUCAUCAACAUCCGAUAUUCUGGGCAGCCACAACAGUAGCAGGAAAAGCAGUGUGCAACAAUCAUCGUGUGGCUCAGUCCUGGAAAAUCGUAAGCCCAGUACAUCAGAUAUGCUACGUAAGGCUCGUGAACGGAAAGGCAGUGAAGGAAAGAUCGGGCGCAGUAUCCAGUUUUCCGCGAGCGCUUUGUGA